AUGGAGAGAUCGGAGAUAGACACUGAAAAUACGGCUUCAGCGCUACGCCACGCAAUAAACGAACCUGUGGCCGGGGGCACACACAGACGCUUAGCAAAAGUCGAGAAGAAGUUAUGGGAGAAUGCAGGUCUCGGUGAGACGCUCGCUGCAUACGAGCAGAGGAGAUUUGCCUUGCUGUCAAAGAAAAGGUAA